GAAAGUCUACAUCUAGGAGGGGUUCAAGCAACGGCCCCCCCGGCCGGCUCUGUGCAGACACAUAGAAGAAGAGGAACAGGGUGCGAGUUCGGGCCUCUUUGGGCUCGCAGGGUUCAGCGUUCAAAGCCAGCUGGUCUGGCUUUGAACUAAAUCGAUGGGACGAGGGAAACUAACAGGAAGAAGUUUAAUAGAUGCAAGGGAAUAAAAGACAGUCAAGUGGAGACUGGAACAGCAGGUUCUGUGAAGGAAUUUGUGUGGCAACAAGCAAGAUCACAGGUGUCAGAAAAACUUGAAACGACUCCAUAACACAGGAUUGGAUGCCAAGCAAGGCUUGUGCCGGCAACUGCUGAAGAGCAUAUGGUGUGUUGAGACUACAAGAAGAAGAACUUGCGCAUAAUGUGCUAGGAGAAGCGGUGGACGGAAGUGUUUUGUGUUUGUCUGAUAUCGUCCGAGGGUCAGAGAGACAGGAAAAGGAUAGAGCCAUGGGUCGAAAGAAGAUACAGAUUACCAGGAUUAUGGAUGAAAGGAACAGACAGGUUACCUUCACAAAGAGGAAGUUUGGAUUGAUGAAGAAAGCGUAUGAGCUGAGCGUACUGUGCGACUGCGAGAUCGCCCUCAUUAUUUUCAACAGCUCCAACAAACUGUUCCAAUAUGCCAGCACAGACAUGGACAAAGUGCUGCUGAAGUAUACAGAGUACAACGAGCCCCACGAGAGCAGAACCAACUCUGACAUUGUCGAGAAAUUAAGAAACAAAGGCCAUAAUGACUGUGCUAGCCCUGAUCCCGAAGACUGUUUCGGGCACAGCCCCCUCAUGGAUGACCAUUUCGGCAAACUAAGCGAAGAGAGUGAUUUAAUGUACAAGCGCUGCGGUGCGCUAAACAAGAAAGAACACAGAGGUUGUGAUAGCCCGGACCCCGAUGCCUCAUAUGUCCUCACUCCCCACACUGAAGAAAAGUAUAAAAAAAUUAAUGAGGAGUUUGAUAAUAUGAUGAGAAAUCAUAAAAUCCCUACAGCCUUGCCUCAGCAGAACUUCUCCAUGCAUGUGGCGGUGCCGGUGUCCAAUCCUAAUACCAUGUACCAGCCAGGAGGGACUUUACCAGUGGCCGCAGCCUCCCUGACUGACAAUGGGAUGCUGUCCCCUCCACAGGCCUCUUUGCAUAGGAACGUGGGCUCCAGUGGGGGCCCCCAGAGGCCCACAAGUGCAGGCAUGCUGGAUACCACAGACCUCUCAGUGCCAAGCGGUGUGGGCUCCAGCCCAGCGGGGAACGGUUUUGUUAACCCCAGGGGCUCCCCGGGCCUCCUCAACACACCCAGCGGCAACGGUCUGGGUAAAGUCAUGCCUACCAAGUCUCCACCACCCCCUGGAGGGAGCAUGGGAAUGGGAAGCCGCAAGCCAGACCUAAGGGUUGUUAUCCCUCCAUCGAGCAAAGGGAUGAUGCCCCCGCUGUCAGAGGAAGAGGAAAUGGAUUUGAAUACACAGAGGAUAAGCAGCUCCCAGUCCACCCAGCCACUGGCCACUCCAGUUGUGUCUGUCACCACCCCCAGCUUACCUCCACAAGGCCUUGUCUACUCAGGCAUGCCCACCUCUUACAACCCUGCAGAAUAUUCCCUAAGCAGUGCAGAGAUCUCCUCCCUGCAGGGCUUUGGCUCUCCUGGGCUGUCGUUGGGCUCCAUGUCCGCAUGGCAACAGCAUCAACUUGGCCAGGCAGCACUUAAUUCUUUGGUCGGUGGAGGCCACCUACCUCAGGGUUCCAACCUCUCCAUCAACACCAGCCAGAGCAUCAACAUCAAAUCCGAGCCCAUAUCCCCGCCACGGGAGCGAGUCACCCCCUCCGGUUUCCCCCCACAGCAGCCGCCUCAGCAAGGCUCAGGCCGGCAGGAGGGGCUGGGACGGUCACCCGCCGACAGCCUGAGCUCCUCCUGCAGCUCCUACGAUGGCAGCGAUCGGGAAGACCACCGGGCGGACUUCCACUCGUCUCUCACCGGCUUGGGUCGACCCCCUGCCGCUGGAGCCAGCGACAGGGAGAGCCCCUCUGUCAAGCGCUUGCGCAUGGACACUUGGGUAACAUAGAGGAAACGAGACCGGUUGGAAUGAAGGCAGGGACGGCAAUGGUCCCGAGUGCUCUAUGAUAUCAUUAUUCAACCCCAGUUCAGUUUGUACAUUCAGCAGGUACUGUCAGGCACAAGCUGCCACUCACAUGACGUCUGCAGAGGUUACAAUAGGCGCUAGAUUGUUUUUAGACACUUAUAUUAUGUCGUUGCUGUUUCGCUGUUGUGCUCGCAAGCAAUCAGAAGGAUUUUUGACCGACAGAUAUCAUUGCUGUAACUACAUACACACACCUUUUAUUCCCUGUGGCCUCUAAUUUAUUGAUUCAGUAAGGAAGUUCAUGGCAAUAAUGACAGUGUUCAUGUAGAUUAAAGGAGCAGUAAAUGUGCAAUGAAGGUCAACCUGCCCAGUUGAACAGGUGACAGAACCAUCAUCUUCAUCGGUAAUACAAGCCAAAGCUUCUUCUGUUGCUUCACUUGUAGAGUCGCCACAUCUCUAAAGCCAUUCGAAUCUUUCAUGAUGUAAAUAGCCACUUUAAUGUUUGUGGCGCGCAUUCGAAAUGUGCUACAAAGAAGACGUAUAUUUUUGUGGAUGACAGCCAAGUUUACAAGUGUAGACCCUGAAAGUACAUCACUUUACUGCCAGGUGGCCAAUUUGAUUUUGAUUAUAGUGGCAACUAUGUUUUUUCUUUCGAAACAAUGCUGUUGGGUUGCUACACUGCUGUCAUUUGUUGUGAAUGUGUUAUUGUUGCAGCCUACACAUUGCCAAACACACGUUGACGAAUCAUCGAGUGGAGUAAUGGGUGACUUUUCCCCUUCUGUAUCAGCACACAGCAAGAUCAUCCUCACAAAUGGAUCGGGAGGUAUCAUUCUGCUUUGGCCGUCUGCACUUGCUCUUUUGCGCUACUCUUUGCACCCAUUAUCAACCUCCAUGGUACAGACACACCCCAUAGUGAUGAUAAUCUAUGCAGCACCAAAUCACAUGACUAAUCCAGAUGAUAUGUAUGAUGUCAAUGCAGGUGGAGGCAUUCUUAAGAAAGGCCUGCACGUAGACUGUUAGUCUCUUUUAUUCAUAAGUGCCACUGCUACAUGAAUUGUUUUGAUAACUUGGGUAAUUUCCACAUUUCCAUAUACACUUAUGUACAGUGGAACCGCCAAAACUGUAAUAGAAAGUGGAUUUUUCUGUUCCAAACUUAAACUGUUGCCAUAAUUAUUAACCUAAGGAUUAUUUUUAAAAUCGCCAAAUUCUUAUUUAAUCAGAAGUCAUACUUUUUUUUUUUAAAUAAAUUGUCUUGUUUAAAGGGGGAAAUAAUAUGAAUAUAUAUGUGUUUUUUUAUUAAGUUCCUGGUGACAAUAUACCGAAUACAUGUAUAUUUCAUAAAAUCAAAAAAGUAAAACUGACUUGUUUAAAAUAGUACAAAAGUAAUAUUUUGUAUAUGAGUGUUUUGUGGGAAGCAAACAUUUCGUGUUUUGAGCACCUGGAUUUUUUGGGGAUUUUUAUGGAUUUUGUUUAAAUUUUUAAUCUUAAACUGUGGUGUUAUACAGUAGCAACAUACAGCCAUUGAAAGAGUUUAAUGUGUAUGAAAAAAUAUGAAUGUAUAAUAUUUUUAUGUCAGUCUUUAGGAAGCUGACAGUCAUUUUUUGUCAUUUGGAACAAAUGAUUGAGGAUAUUUAUUGGAAAUCUUGAGUGUCAGCAUCACAUUUUAGGCACCCAAGUAUAAAAAGAAGUCAACUAAUGUAUAAUAAAAGUAAAAUUACUCAUCGUGGCCAACAUGGAAUGCUGAAGGGAGCAAAUGAUACAGUCACCUCUUAGUGGUUUUGUUGGAAUUACAGACCUUUUGCACUUUCCUGUGUCCUUUACCAUUUUCAAUUUAUGGUAAUCAUCACACUUGCCAUAAAUGGUACCCUAAACACAAAAAAGCCAACAAAAAAAGGAGUCACUGAGCGGAAACAACAGCAAAUUUUCCAAAGAAUAUUUGUUUGUUCCACUUGAAGGUUCCACUGUACCCUAAUAGAUAUUCUUUACACAAUAUAAACCACAGAAUCCAAUACAGAACAGCAGGUAUUUUUUUAAAGCAAUAACAAAGUGACUAUAACAAAGCAGCAUCACCUCGUACGUAGUUGAGCACACUUGAUGACAUGUCAGGGAAUUUUGUAGUUUCUAUAUGCACACAUAGGAAAUGCCUUAUCCCAAAGAAAUAUGACACCACUCUCACCUCCUUUGAUCACAGAAGAAGAAGCGCACGGCCAAUGCACAGUGAUGCCCUCUCCUCCUCCUCCUCCUCCUCUUUAGAUCAGCCAGGAAACAACUGAUGAAUGUGGAAAGGAAAUGUAGUUGAGGACUUUUGUUCACAUGCUUCGCUUCAUGGCUUUUAUAAACAGAACAGUAUGUGUUUGCUAAGUGUUUGUAGUCGAUAGUUCACUUUCACUCCAAAGCUGUUUUUUCGGUUUGACUGCUCAGACCGUUUGGCGGCACAAGCUGGACUUUGUUGCCAACAAUGGAGUUAUUUGUUUUGUUGAAGAAAAAAAAAAUGCUGAAAAGGUGAUUUUAAGUUAAUCUGCGUUUUAAUUCCCUCGAAUGUGCUAUUUUAUUUUUCAGCAUAUAUUAAAUAUUCAAGUGAACUUUUUAUGGAGCAAUUAAGAUACUAUGCUAGAUAUUGUUGUACAAAAUUUGUAUUUUUCAGAAAAGUACAAAUAUUGGCUUUUAAUGUGUAAUUUACGUUAUCUCUCUCUUUACUCUGUAUACAAAAAAGAAGAAAGAAGUAAACAACUCUGACAUAGACAUGUGUUCUCUUGUGAAGUCACACACAGUAGCAAACUUGAUUAAACACAUCAGUGUAUGGACUUGAUCUUUCAGUCAUUUUUGACUCUGCCCAUGAAUUCAUUGACCCCAGAGCCAUGAUUUUGUGUAGGAAUGCCGUUGAUAUUACAUU